AGUUCUCACUUCUCUCUGUUUCUCUUUAUUACUCUGUUACUCGGUCGGUGACUCAGUUGCAGACUCAUUCAUCAAUGUUCAAUGGCGAAUCAGUUGGGAAAUCUGGUUGAAUCGAUAAAGUCAAAGGUUCGGUCAACACUGAAGAUGAAGAAGGGAAAGAAACCGUACGUAAAGAUGGACAAGAGUGCAAGCGUGAAGGUCGAGAUUCGAAGCAGAAAAGCUCGGAAGAUCAUUGAGAAGACGUUGAAAGCUGCUGAUAAUCCCGGCAAGCAUAACAUCACUGUAUAAUUUCAUAUUUCUUAUUUUCUAAUCUCUAGAUAUAGUUUAGAUCAAGAUAAUAGAUAUAAUAAAAUCUUAUCUGUGUUUGUUGUUUUUGAGAAUAGAUUAGAAGUAUCUAGAUUGUAUUUGAUCGGUAAUACUAUGAAUGAAUGAACAACAACCAUAGGGUGGAGACUCUUUCUCUUUCCUUUUCUUUCA